AUGGCCAAGAAAGCUAUGAUUUUAACUAAAAGUAGUAAAAAUUUGAACAAGAAUGUCGAAAGCCAUGAUCCUGAAUACGUUAAUAAUGAAGACUUUGAUUUUUUCAAUAAAUUAUUUUUAAACAACAAUGUUAAGGACUCUCAAUUACAGCAUACUUGCUCUCAUUCUAGGUCACAACAUCUUUAUUCUCAAUCACCAAGACCAGCAGCAUAUAUUGCUGAACGACCAAAGCUUCUGAAAAUUGCAAAUCAGAUAGCACAGUAUGAUGGCCUUAGAAAGUCAGAUAAUGAAGAAAGAACUGAUAUCUUUACUCAACAAGAAUCAACAACAUUUCAAGCAUUUUUAAAAUGCUUAUUUUUUAGAACGUGGUAUCUCAAGACAACAAUAAUUCUUAGAUGUAUUAAAUUAUGUUUUCCUUCAAAAAAAUUUUCAUAUAAAGAUAUUUCAGUCUUGAAAGAUGCUGCCAACAUGGCAUAUUGGAGCUACAGAGAUGCACUUCGAAAUGGUAUCAAAAAAGUUGCAAAACAUUUCAUUGAGGAUUUUAAAAUCAAGUCUCUUUCUCAUGUUGAAAAAGCCGAUCUUGAGGCUUAUUUUAAAGAAGAUAACUGGAAAUCGUUUCUCAAUCGUUUCUUUGAGGUAAUCAAUAAAGAAGCAACAUUUAUUCCCGAAUUUAAGAAGGCAUAG